AUGGCUGCAAUGGGUCCGACCGGGCUCGGCAAUGCCAACGGCACCGACAGCUACAUUGCCUCUCACCAACCUACCAAUCGCGAUGAAACCGCCCCUCACACCACCGCCAACUCGGAAACCCCAUCCGCCGAAGACUCGUCCGACCGCCAUGUCGACGUCGCUUCCGCAGAAAGACAGUUUAACGAGCUCGCUCGUCAGCUCUCUUCCAACCAAGGAAAGGAUUCCGAUCUAGAGAAGCACCAGCCCUUCGAUCUCAAGGAGUGGCUCUCGGGUACCAUGGACCAGGCUGACCAGAUGGGCAACAAACGAAAGAAGCUCGGCGUAUCCUGGUCCGACCUCCAAGUCAUCGGUACCGCGUCUCGUGAUCUCAACGUACCAACCAUCCCAUCCAUGGCCUUGUUCGAAGUCAUCGGUCCCAUCUUUAGCAUCCUCAAGAUCUUCGGCAUCGAUCCCGCCAAGAGCAAAACCCGAGAUCUCUUGCAAAACUUCAACGGCUGCGCAAAACCUGGCGAAAUGGUCCUCGUCAUCGGUAGACCCAACUCUGGCUGCUCCACUUUCCUCAAGACCAUCGCCAACAAACGCAACGGCUUCAUCGACACCAAAGGUGAUGUCCACUACGGUGGCAUCCCCGCCAAGGAAAUGGGCAAAAGGUAUCUCGGCGAAGUCGUCUACUCGGAGGAAGAUGAUCAACACCACGCAACCUUGACCGUUGCCAGGACCAUCGACUUUGCUCUGCGUCUCAAGGCGCACGCCAAGAUGCUCCCCGAUCACACAAAGCAGUCCUACCGCAAGAUGAUCAGAGACACCUUCCUCAAGAUGGUGAACAUCGAACACACAAAGCACACCCUCGUCGGAAGCGCCACCGUACGAGGUGUAUCUGGUGGUGAGCGUAAGCGUGUCUCCAUCCUCGAAGGCUUGGCUUCCGGUGCCAGUGUCUUUUCUUGGGACAACUCCACUCGUGGUUUGGACGCAAGUACCGCUCUCGACUACGUCAAGAGCAUGCGUGUCUUGACCGAUCUCUUGGAAGCCACCAUGUUUGUCUCGCUCUACCAGGCCUCCGAAGGUAUCUGGGAGCAGUUCGACAAGGUCUUGGUCAUCGAGGAAGGUAGGUGUGUAUACUUUGGUCCUAGGACUGAAGCAAGGCAGUACUUUAUCAACCUCGGUUUCGCAGACCGUCCUCGUCAGACCUCGGCCGAUUACAUCACCGGUUGCACCGACAAGUACGAACGCAUCUUCCAGGAGGGUCGCGACGAGAACAGCGUACCCAGCACCCCGGAGGCUCUUGAGGAAGCCUACCGCAAGUCUCGAUUCUACACCGCCGCCAUCGAAGAGCGCGAGGCUUUCGACAAGACCGCCACCUCGGACGCCCAGGCAACCCAGGACUUCAAGCAGGCCGUCGUCGAAUCCAAGCAUCGAGGCGUACGAACCAAGUCGCAGUACACGGUCUCGUACGCAUCCCAGGUCAAGGCGCUCUGGUUGCGCCAGAUGCAGAUGAUCCUCGGUGACAAGUUCGACAUUUUCAUGUCCUACGUCACCGCCAUCGUCAUCGCCGUCUUGACCGGAGGUAUCUUCUUCAACCUGCCUACCACCUCGGCGGGUGUCUUCACCAGAGGUGGUUGUCUCUUCAUCCUCCUGCUCUUCAACUCGCUCACCGCUUUCGCAGAGCUGCCUACGCAGAUGAUGGGAAGGCCCAUCUUGGCUAGGCAGACCAGCUUUGCUUUCUACCGUCCCUCGGCGUUGACGUUGGCGCAGCUGUUGGCCGAUCUGCCCUUCGGUGUCCCGCGUGCAACGCUGUUCGUCAUCAUCCUCUACUUUAUGGCUGGACUGGAACGAAGCGCAGGCGCCUUCUUCAUCGCCUGGAUCAUCGUGCUGAUCGCCUACUACGCCUUCCGUGCGCUGUUCGGCUUCUUUGGUGCCAUCACCACCAACUUUUACUCGGCUGCCAGAUUGGCUGCCAUCGUCAUGUCGAUGCUGGUCCUCUGGGCAGGAUACGUUAUCCCUCAGGCUGCCAUGCGAAGGUGGCUCUUCUGGAUCUCGUACAUCAACCCCGUGUUUUACGCUUUCGAGGCUCUGAUGAUUAACGAAUUCAAGAGGAUCACGUUUACAUGCGAAGGUGCCCAGAUCAUCCCUUCGGGACCUACCUACCCGACGCAGUUGACCGACAACCAGAUCUGCACGCUGGCAGGCGCCACGCCCGGAACCAACCAGAUCCCCGGUAUCGACUACCUGACCGCUAGCUUUGGAUACCAGGCGAGCCACCUCGGGCGCAACAUCGGCAUCCUGAUCGCCUUCCUGGUCGGAUUUGUCGUUAUCACCGCGAUCGUUGUCGAAUCGAUGGACCAGGGAGCCUUUGCUUCCGCCAUGGUUGUCAAGAAACCGCCCAACGCCGAGGAGAAGAAGCUCAACCAGAUGCUGCAGGAUCGCAAGUCCGGCGCCACUGAAAAGACCGAAGCCAAACUGGAGGUGUACGGUCAGGCUUUCACGUGGUCCAACCUGGAGUACACUGUACCCGUUCAAGGUGGACACCGCAAGCUGCUCGACAAGGUGUACGGAUACGUCAAGCCCGGACAGAUGACGGCGCUGAUGGGAUCGAGUGGUGCGGGCAAAACGACGCUGCUGGAUGUGCUGGCUGACCGAAAGACGAUCGGUGUGAUUGCCGGUGACAGGUUGAUCGAAGGCAAGCCCAUCGAUGUUUCGUUCCAGAGGCAGUGCGGUUAUGCGGAGCAGCAGGACAUCCACGAGCCUAUGUGCAGCGUUCGCGAAGCUCUGCGCUUCUCUGCCUACCUCCGACAGAGCCACGACAUCCCGCAAUCCGAAAAGGACCAGUACGUCGAGGACAUUAUCGAGCUGCUGGAGCUGUCCGACAUUGCCGACGCCAUCAUCGGCUACCCUGGAUUUGGUUUGGGCGUCGGCGACCGCAAGAGGGUCACGAUCGGUGUCGAACUCGCGGCCAAACCAUCGAUGCUGUUGUUCUUGGACGAACCCACCUCGGGACUGGACGGUCAAUCGGCGUUUACCAUCUGCCGACUGCUUCGCAAGCUCGCCGACAACGGUCAGACGAUCCUUUGCACCAUCCACCAGCCCUCGGCUCUGCUGUUCGAGACGUUUGAUCGAUUGCUGCUGCUGGAGCGCGGUGGAAAGACAGUCUACUCGGGACCGAUUGGUAAGGAUGGAAAGCACGUUAUCGACUACUUCGCUGCUCGCGGAGCACAGUGCCCGCCAGGAGUGAACCCGGCCGAGUUCAUGCUGGAUGCAAUUGGAGCGGGUAGUCAGCCUCGUGUGGGCGACCGUGACUGGGCCGAUUGGUACUUGGAAUCCGACGAUCACCAGGACAACCUGCGCAUGAUCGAGCAGAUCAACAGCGAAGGAGCCGCCAAACCCAAGGCGGAGCAACGUCAGACGGAAUACGCCGCACCCUGGACCUACCAGUUCAAGGUGGUGCUCAAGAGGACCAUGCUGAGCACGUGGAGGCAGCCGGCUUACCAGUACACUCGAUUCUUCCAACACCUUGCUUUCGCUCUGUUGACCGGAUUGCUGUUCUUGCAGCUGGGCAACAACGUGGCUUCGUUGCAGUACCGACUGUUCGUGAUCUUCAUGCUGGCCAUUAUCCCUGCGAUCAUCAUGGCGCAGAUCAUGCCGUUCUGGAUCAUGUCGAGGUCGAUCUGGAUCCGCGAAGAGACGUCCAAGACGUUUGCAGGAACCGUGUUCGCCGCCACGCAACUCAUCUCGGAGGUGCCAUACGCGUUGGUGUGCGGAACGGUGUUCUUCGUGCUGAUCUACUACCUCGCUGGUUUCAACUCUGACUCGAGCCGAGCCGGGUACUUCUGGAUCAUGACGUUCCUGCUCGAGAUGUUUGCGAUCUCGAUCGGAACGAUGGUGGCCUCCUUCUCCAAGUCGGCCUACUUUGCGUCGUUGUUCGUGCCGUUCCUCACGAUCGUGCUCAACCUGACGUGCGGUAUCCUGUCGCCGCCGCAGAGCAUGUCGAGUUCGCUGUACAGCAAGUUCCUGUACAACGUCAACCCGAUCCGCUUUACGAUUUCGCCGCUGAUCGCCAACGAGCUGUCGGGCUUGACGAUCGAGUGCGCGAACAACGAGUUCUCCAGGUUCUCGCCACCCGCGGGUCAGACGUGCGAAGCCUGGGCCGGUCCGUACAUCGCCCAGGCGGGCGGAUACCUGGCCAACCCGCAGGCGAUGGCGGAUUGCAUGUACUGCACCUACCGAAGCGGCGAGGAGUUCUACAGGGCAUUCGGCAUCACCUUCGGCGAGAGAGGUAGGGAUGCAGGUAUCCUGGUUGCCUUUGUGGUUUUCAACUGCAUGGCUACGAUCCUGUUCACCAAGAUCUUCCACUUCAGCAACCGUUAA